AUGGGCGCCGCCUCCCCUUCCGGCGCCGCACUGGCGGGAUGGACCGUGGCGGCGGUGCUUCUGCAGGUCGCCGGCCUCUCGCUCUUCCUCUACGGCUUCUUCCCCGUCAAGCCCACGCUCCCCGGCUUCAGUGGCGCGGAGAGCUACCGGGCGCCGUCGUGUGCUCCUGUUGGUGGCAGGGAGGAACCGGCGCUUCCUCCGGAUCAGCUCAGAUCCUUGUACAGGGAACUUUCUGAGGUCCCCCGUGUGUACGAUCGCUUGGUGUUGAUGGUAAUAGACGGGCUACCUGCUGAAUUUGUACUGGGAAGAGCUGGGAAACCUCCGAGCAAAGAAAUGAUGGAGGCAAUGCCAUACACACAAUCUCUGUUAGCUGGUUGCAGAGCAGUUGGUUAUCAUGCAAAGGCUGCACCUCCAACCGUUACAAUGCCCCGACUAAAAUCUAUGGUAUCAGGGGCAAUUGGAGGUUUUCUAGAUGUGGCACUUAACUUCAAUACCCAAGCCUUUUUGGAUGACAAUCUUCUUGACCAGCUUCAUAGCAUUGGUUAUAAGUUAGUGAUGUUGGGAGAUGAGACAUGGAUGAAAUUGUUCCCAACACUAUUCUACAGACAAGAUGGAGUGAGCAGUUUCUAUGUGAAAGAUACGGUCGAGGUUGAUUUCAAUGUUUCUCGUCAUCUGGAUUCUGAGCUUGCUGCGAAAGAUUGGGAUGCACUGGUUCUGCACUAUUUAGGUUUAGAUCAUGUUGGCCAUAUAGGAGGCCGUCGGAGUGUUUUGAUGACUCCAAAGCUGAAGGAGAUGGAUGAUGUGAUUAGAAGGGUCCAUGCUGCAGUUACGAGCCUUCACGACAAUUCGGACAGAACACUUUUGGUUGUGGUCAGUGAUCAUGGAAUGACUGAAAUUGGCAAUCAUGGAGGAUCUUCUUAUGAAGAAACUGACUCCCUUGCCCUUUUCAUAGGACACAGUGUUGAGAACUCGUAUUGUUCGCCUUAUGACCAGAAAGAAACACUUCAAGUUGACCUUACUCCAACUCUAGCUCUUCUCUUUGGCAUACCAAUUCCGAAAAAUAAUAUAGGUGUCUUGCUUCCGGAGCUUUUUAAUUCUUUGUCAGAUGAGCAAAAACUGCGGACCUUAGAACUGAACUCGUGGCAAAUCUUAAGAUUGCUACAGAAACAGAAACCUGCGUUCUGCUCUGAAAACUGUGUAAAUUUAAAGGAUGACUUUAGAGUUGAUAUGCUUCCUGAAUCUAUUGAGGAGAAGUUGUGCCAUUUGCUUUCUAAUGCUUUUGCUUCUCAUCGGUCCUCACUUCUACAGCAAGAUUCUGAUUUCAGGUCUGUUGAAGCAUCUGGGCACUCUAGGACUGCUUUGAACGCCUACUCUGACUUCUUAAGAUAUGCGAGUGAGUGGUUGUCUCACAGAGCAACCGAUAAACCACUCUAUGUACUUGUGUCUGCAAUCUCCUUGAUGAUUAUUUCAUGUUUUUCUCUUGCCGGCAUUAUCUUUUGCGUAUUUGAAAGAAAGUCGCAGAGUCAAGUUGAACGCAAUUCUGAGUGUGAUUUGGAUAAACAUUGGCAUCUUGAUGAGGUUUUCAUUCUAAUGGGGAUUUUUCUGUAUGUCGCCAGUCUUGGUUCAAGUUCUUUUGUUGAAGAAGAGCAGUAUAUAUGGCAUUUUCUUACGUCUACUCUCUAUUUAAUAUUUCUCAUCAAGACGGUUCAGUCAAUGCUAAAAGAAUCAAAUUCAACAUUAGUCCAUAGAGCAGAAGCAGAGAUCCUUAGCAGAAAUAACUCUUCCUAUCUUACCAGCUAUAAACUAACCACGGGCCAGGUUGUUGGUUCCAAGUUAUACGCUAUCCUUAUUGUUCUUGUUGCUGGGAGAAUUCUAAGAGCAUGGCAUCAAGGUGGGAUUAAUUGGGUUCACUUUCCUGACAUUUCGAAGAUAUUGACCCAAUGUGACUCUUCUGUCGUAAAGUCUCUUCAAAUUAUCUCAGUUCUUGCGGUCGUAGUGUUGUAUGCAGUUUCACUCAAUUUAUGGGGAACAAGGAGAAUGCUUGUUAUAGGGUUAUGGUUGAGCCACCUUUCAUGUGGACUUUUAGUUAUGCUGCAUAUUUGGAAAAGUCAGGUCAACACUUCAGUACUGAUGAACCAUAGUACAACAUCAAUAGCUCAGAUAUUCUAUGUCAUCGCAAGCAUUUCAAUAACUUGCACUGUUCUUUUGUCGCCUUGGAUAUUUCCAAUACAUUCCAGAGAAGCAGAACCAACAUCCUCCUCUGGCUUCAAUCCCCAGAAAGCUAUUCAUUUGCAUGGCAUGAAUCAUUCGGUGUUCCUGACUGGAAUAACAUACACAAUGUUCUGGUGCCUUCUUCAAUUGCUUCUGCAGCAGCCCAUAAAUGCUAUUCCUGUUUUGCUCAUUCUGUUGCAACUUAUCUCGAGUGUUAUUCAUUUUUCUCUGAACAAAUCAUUGCAUAGGCAAUGGGUGCAGGUUGUUGCAAUGCAAUUCUUGGGGAUGACCGGUCAUUUUGGUCUCGGGAAUACUAAUAGUCUCGCCAGCAUAGAUGUUGCUGGAGCUUUCAUUGGCAUUUCAAGCUACUCGACCGUUCUUUCUGGGAUUCUGAUGUUUAUCAUUACAUAUGGAUCACCUCUGUUGUUAUACCUUGGGAUGGUGGUUUAUAUGUCGGCGAAAGAUAGCGAUGAUAUCCGCACUCCAUGGCAAUUAAAAUGGAGCAGCAUUCUGGGAAAAAUGAUCGCGUUGCCCUGUUUACUUCCUUUGCUGAUCAAUUCUAUUGCCUUGACUUCAUACACUAUUGUUUUGUUGCUCAUGAGGAACCAUUUGUUCGUCUGGAGCGUGUUUUCACCAAAGUACCUUUAUGUCUGCGCAGCAACAGUAUGCACAUACGCCGGAGUCUCCAUCAUAGCCACGACCGCAGCUUACACCUGUGCUGUAUUUUCAUUCAGGACGAGAAAGUACAGAUCCAUGUGAUUAUGUUAACAGAUUGGUGUUCUGACUGAGUACCCAUUUGCUAGAAAAGAUUACUAGCACUGUCUUAGUCAAAGAACCCUCUCUGACGGCGUAGCCCAUUUUAGGCCAUACAACACCUGGGAAGGAUGUAAACACAUGUUCCGUGCCCCAUCUCUCACUUUGUUGCACUAGAAUUGUACUGUAUGUAUGUGAAUCACCCCGUCUAAUUUUGGAGCUACUCCCUCCGGCCGGAUUAAAUUGACGGAGGCUCAGGCAUCAAGUACACACACGCUGGUACUGUUUCGCGUCGAUUAAUUUCGG